AUGGUUUUAUUAAUAAACAUUGUUGUGUUUCUUCUACUUCCAUUAUAUUCAUUCGAAUAUUUCCUAUGGAGAAAUAUUCCGAGAUCAAUCGAAGAAAACAUAAAACAUAGAUUAAUAACUGAUUUGAGACAAUGUUCGGAAAAUUCCUUCACUUCUUUUCAUAUUGGAUUUCCAAUCAAUCAUCAAUUGAUCAUACAUACGAUAAUCCUACCGAACUACAUCAAAUCUUAUCGUAUACUUCGUCAAGAUCUUGUUGAAAAAUUAUUAAAUUUCAAUGUAAACAAUCCAAUAGAUCUCGACGUACUUCGUUCAGCAAUUUCCUCCUUGACUUCCACAUUUCUUCAGAUUAUUCCGCCAUUAAAACCACCGGUAAAUACUGAUCAAUCGAUUAUUGCUUCAAUUGAGAAAUGUUUGACCGAUUUGCGAGAUUAUCUCGCCAUUCUUCAAAAUAAACUUGCCACAAGUUUCGAAAACAGCAAAACGAUUAACACUGAUCUUUGGGAACAUUCACAAUUGUUCGAGAAAACAAAAGAAUCGCAUUCCAAAUGUUGGUUUUCAUGUAAGAAACUUCGAGAGACUAUGGAACAACAAUCAGCGCAUCUAUUUACUCUACAAUUAAACGCUGCUAAUGCAGAUAAAGAAAUGAAAGAAUGGAAAGAGUUAGUUUGGAAUGUUGAUCAUCUUAUUAUUCGUCAUCAACAAAAUCUUCAUUUGAUCAAAGACAGAUUUCAGAAACAAACACUUUUUGAGAACUUUUUUGUCAAUUUUCAAUCGAUGUUUGACUCUCUUAAUGCAACAUCAGAUAAUCUUAUUGAUCAAUUAUUCAAUAUGAAACCAAUUAUUAAACAAAUGAAUAUUUUCUAUGUUGUUCUUAGACAAAAUUAUUCGAUUAUUCCAUUCUUAGAACCGCUAAUUCUAAAUAAAGAUUUACAACGGUUGAAUGAAAAGAUUACUGAAAUGAAACUUUAUUUGGAACAUUUACAAACAACUAUCACAUCGACAAUUAAAGAUCAAUCUAAUUCAGAAGAGAAAGACGAUGAUUAUAAUCCAUUUGUACCUGAAGACACAUCUAUCGAUACAACAACUAUUCAAUUAACCAAAGAACAAGAAACUGAUACCAAUUAUUCAUCUCAUGAAACUUCGACGAUUAUCCAAGGUAAGACUAAUGAUGAUCAAGAGAUUCCACCACAGAAUACAACAACAUCAACUCAAGAUACAUUCUUUGAUGGACAAGGAUCUGCCUCUUAUGAUACAUCUCUUGAAACAUCGACGAUGGUCAAAGAUGAAUCGGGUUCGACCAUUACAGUGAGAAUUUCAACAAUAAAUGAUGAUGAAUACGAUGAUAAGAAUUCAUUUGUGCUCGACGACACAUCUAUCGAUACAACAACGACUCGUCUAUCGACAGAGAAUGAAAUUGAUUCCAGUAAUUCGUCUCUUACAACAUCGAUAUUAAUCUCGAAUGAAUACAACGACGGUGAUCAACAGAUUAUACUACCGGAUACAACAACAGUAAUUCAAGAUGAAUAUGAUUCGGGUGUUCCAGUUACUAUUCUGCCAACGAAUGAAAAUGAACAUGAUAAUGAUAGGUUAUUUAUACCCGAAGAUACAUUUAUCGAUACAACAACUAUUCAACUAACAACAAAAGAAGAAGAACUCGAUUCAAAUUAUUUAUUUCCUGAAACAUCAACGAUAGUUCAAGAUAAAUCAGAUUCAACAAUGACAGUGACCAUACCACCAACAGAGACUUUCAUAUAUGAUGAAGAAUUAACAACACCUGAUAUUAAACAUGAUCAAUAUCGCGUAAUCGAACGUUGUGAAGUUAUGACAAUAUCAAAAGAUGAAAAUUCAACGAAAUUAAAUUGCACAUGGGUUCUUGUUCCAACAGAUGAACAUGAAUCAAUUUCAACAACUUCUAUUCUGAUGACCACAGAUAUUGUAACAGAAUCUAAGUUAGACAUCAUCAAUAAUGAAACUAUCGUUUCUACAACUGUCGUACCAGAAGUUAAGAAUUCAACAUCAUCCGAAUCUCUACGUGGGUAUCAAUUUAUGAUGUGUUGGCCUCAAAAUCUUAUUAAAUUAACCAAUGAUAGUGAAGAAACAAAUUCUUCUCGUUGUGAAGUUAUAACUACAUCUUAUGAUGAAAAUAAUUUUGACGAGAAUAUCACCACAACUAUUUUACCUGAACAUUCCUCAUCGACUGAGAUUAUUAAAAUAAAUUCCGAGGAAAAUAAAGAAGAAGAAUACAAAGAUUAUCCAAUUGAUGAAUCAACAACUGUUGAAAUUGAAACGACAAGUUCAACUUUCAGACCAUUUGAUCGGAAAUAUUUAUUCAAUAUAAUACGUCCUGAAACUUUUAUGGUUGUUCAGAAUGAAGCAAAUUCACAAAAGAAGGAUGCAAAUGAGUACAACAUCUUUUCAAAAACAAUCGAUAAAAAUCAAGAUGAAUAA